ACCUACUACCUAGACGCCCCGCGUGGUGGAGUGGUGGAGUGGAUGUGGUGGAGGCGAAGCACUCCAUGGCCGGCGAUCGAAGCUCUGUACCUAGAAGGCUGAAGCUGAACGCACACGCCCUGCGUGGUGGAGGCGAAGCAAUGAUGUUCAUCGCCGAGACGAGACGAGACGAUGGUUGAGAUGGCCAGGACGAUGGCCGCGAUCCUGAGAGCGUGCGAGAAUCGAUCGUAUGCAGGAUCUCGUCGCCUCCUCGUCCUCGUCCUCGUCCUCCUGUCCGAUGUCUAUCACUUUCCUUCCUUCUUCUUCAAAAAGCAAACUGGAAACUGGAGUCUGACUCCAAGGAAGAAGAAGAAGAAGAAGAAGAAGAAGAAGAAGAAGAAGAAGAAGAAGAAGAAGAAGAAGACACAUCGUUAUUGCCGCGAUAUAACUAGACUCCAGCCUCCAGCCCCCAACAUCCAGUCUCCAACAGAAGUAAUCAGCCACCGAACCGACAAGCGACGGCGGGCUGGCCAGUCGGUCGGUCGACACCCGUUUCGCUUCGCGGGCGGGCUGAUGGCCGGGGCGAGGGCGAGCUACCUCUACUCUACUCCAGAGUAG